AUGCUGCGUUGUAUGAGGUGUUUUAGUCACCGAGGGGCUCAAGGCGACGUUCAAAAGGAAGACGACACGGCUACAGCUUUCGUCCCUGCAAGUAGCAGCACGAAUGCGAACGGGCAGCUGGGCAAGGCAUUGGAACCGAGGUUUGAAGACACUUAUGACACGCUGUACCAGAUUGGCGAGGGCAAGACUGGUCAAGUGUAUAUGGUGAAGAAGAAGAAGACGCAGCAGCAGCCUCAGCUUCGCACUGGAGCUGCUGAAACGCUGGCGGAAAAGCAGCUACGCGAGCGGGAGUGGGAAGACCUUGAGUUUGCGGCCAAGGUGGUGCAACGGGAGUAUCUUUGUACACCGAACCGUGUGGAAGCGCUGCAGUGCGAGUUGACCAUCUUGGCUCGGGUGAAGCACCCUGGUAUUCUUCGGCUUCGGGAGGUUUUCCAAGACAACGACAAGGUUGUUAUUGUAACAGACAGGGCCAAGGGCGGUGAACUGCUGGACGCCAUUUGUCGACCCGAAGCUCCGCGACUGCGAGAGUGCGACGUCGCUGAGAUCGUUCGGCAAUUGCUCAGUGUCUUGGCGUACUUGCACUUGAACGGUAUCACGCAUCGAGAUGUGAAGAUUGAGAACAUUUUGUGCAAGUCGAGGACAUGGCAGGACGGCGUCGUGCUCAUUGAUUUUGGCUUGGCGCACAUGGGCACGGUCGGUGGCGGUGCUGAGAUGUCCGGGAUGAACGGAACGCCGCAUUACAUGGCCCCUGAGAUGUUUCGCAAGACUGGCUGCUACGACUGCGCGAUUGAUCUCUGGGCUCUUGGGGUCGUCACCUACAUCCUCUUGUUCGGGCGAUUCCCUUUUGACGCGAAGUUCCUGUCUCAAGUUGAAGACAAGAUCAGUCAAGGCGAGUUUGAGUACCCAGCAGGGCUCACCUCGCAAGUAUCUCCACAAGCCAAGAAGUUUAUCGAGUAUUUGCUUGUGCUGAAUCCACGAGAGCGCCCUCCUGCGGCACUGGCGCUGCAACAUCCAUGGUUACAGGCGGAUGCCGCACCGAGUACGUUCUUCACAGAGGAGCACAUGGCUGCGUUAGCAAAAUACUCCGAAGGUAAGAAAAUGUUUAUUCCGCCGGCCACGUCAACGGAAUACUUGCCGCGUGAUCCUGUUGCCAAGUAA